CGAAAGUGUGUUCAUCGUUACGCGGCCUCUAUUUUCUACUUUGACAUUCACUUUCACACGGUCAAAGUACCUAGGUUCUUGCGGAUCUUUCCACUUUCUAAUGCUAGUCUUGCGGAUGAAGAUUGAAGUCACAGUCAAUUGAUCGAGCUAAAACUGUGAAGAAGCACUAUUUUAUCUCUCUCCUGCUUCACACACACUGCAUUAUUAAAAUGUCUACCUCACCUCCCGCGGUUACUGUUAUCGUGACCGGCGCCGGUGGGCGCAUCGGAACUGAGAUCAUAAGGCAGCUAAUGCAGCACUUUCUUCAACAAGUGGAGGCGGAAGGCACGACCUCCAGUGUGGAAAUAAUAGCAGUGUUGAGGAGUCGGGAGAAGGGAGAAGCCUUGGUAGAGAAAGUAUUGGCCAGCAUGGAAAGUGGUGGCUCGGCUUCUAGUAAUUAAGGCUUGGGAGUUGACAUCUCUAUGCGCGUCUCUAUGUCUUCUUCAACUUCAAGUAGGAAAGCCACAGAUAUGCGAGCUAGAGACGCCAACUUUCAACCCCUAAAGUAAGACGAGCAAAAGACAGAGAUCAGCUUCUGGAGAAGGCGCAACUACCGAGGGGACGAAGAACACAUCAACUGAAGAAAUGAACAACAACAAUGUGAAACUGACUUUUGAGGUUUGUGACGUCAGCUCGAAAACCGAUGUCCAGGCCUUAGCGAAACGUUUUGGCCCCUCAAGACCGUUAUCCAUACUGAUAAACAACGCUGCUGUAACACCUGAACGACAGCAAUUUACGAAAGAGGGGAUCGACUUGCAAUGGGCAACGAAUGUACUGGGUUAUCACUGGAUGAUUGACGCUUUUGCUUCGAAUCUGGAGCUAGGACACAGCAAAAUCGGCCCUCAAGAAGCUCUGUCCCCUUCCGUCGUAAACGUAGCCAGUUUCUAUGCAGGCGAACUAGACGUAGACGAUCCAGAAUUCAAAAACCGUCCUUACGAUGUCGACGAAUCCUAUCGUGCGAGCAAAAUGGCGAAUAGAAUGCAGAGUAAAGGCUGGGCCGAGAGGUUGAAAGCUAGAGGAAUUCGGGUGAACGCGGUUCAUCCUGGAAUCGCUACGAGUAAAGUCAGUCUGGGAUUAGGAUUCGACUUGGACAGAAGCCAAGGAGCAGCAGAAGAGUGUGCGAAGGGACCGGUGACAGUGGCUUUAUGGAAGGGAGUAGUAGUGCUGGUAUGAUUUAGAAGCAGGGAAGAUUUAUUUUCACUAAAUCAUGAAGUUUUGGUUUUGUCAUUGAAGAUGUUGGAGUUCUCACCUUCCGCUCUCCUUUCAUUUCCUCUACAAGCGGCAGAGCCGAAAAGCUCAGACCUGACCGGCCUCUAUUUCGACUCGGUGAAGCGGUCUAAAUGUAAAUGGCAGGAGGACAAGGCUGGAGUCGCAAAGUUGAUGGCUCUGUGUGAUGGAUACUGAAAAGCAUGUAGUUUGAGUGCACUACUAUGAUUUUUCUCCCUCGUGGUCUUGCUGGACAUUCUUCACUAAGACCUGUAACUCCUUGUACGUUGUUGAGACAGACUGAUAAGUACAACAAAAACUGAAAACUCUUUUGAU